AUUUUCUGCACUAAUGAGUUAAUUUUAAAGACCUACAUCAUCAAGAAAAGGCACUAAUACUCUUCCAAUCCAAUCAGGAGAUUUAGAAGAAUAUAUGUAUUAAUUGAUUUUGAUAGUAGUCAAAUAUUAUACGAUCAUUAAAAGAGUUGUGAGAAAGCUGGCAAGUAUUUGGAAGCUGAUCAAGCAAAGAAAAGACUGGCAGAAUUAAAGAAAGAAUUAGAUCUAAAAAACAAAGGAGAUGUCAAAGAUAGACACUGCUCAGAGAAACAAGACAUUGAAAAAGCACAUCUUGAAGAAUUCAAUUAAUUUAAUUAGUUUUGGGAUCAAAAGAUGGUAGAAUUUGAUAACGAAGCUUAAAAAGUGAAGGAAUAAACUCUGUAAAGACACGAAGAAGAAUUAAGAUAAUUUUCAGAAGAAUUAGAAAAUAGCCUUCCUGUAAAACCAAAGGAUUCAGCUGAGCUUUUGGCCUUGAGAAAGACUGAAGAAUAAUUGGCUAGACAAGAAAAGUACUCUAUAGUGUUAUACAAUUAGUUAUUUAGAAGCACAUGUUAUUUAGUCUAGAAUCUAGGCCUAAGAAAGAGAUGAAUAUGAGAAGUGGACCUCCUGUAGAUAACAAAAGAUUAGAAAUUUGAUUACCCAAUUGAGACAGAAACAAAUUAAUGAGUUGAAUGCUCUAACAUAGAGAAUCCUAAGUGGAUAAGAGGAAUAAAGGAAAAUUCGAUCUCAAGAAUUAGAAAAGUGAAUUUGUUGAUCUAAUUUUAGGUUACUCUAAAAAUAUUAAAAUGUGAGAAAAGAACUAGAAAGCCAAUAAACUCAAGAGAUCACAAGACUUGACAAGACAAACAAAACAUAAUGUACCAUAUUUGUUUACAAUUAUAGCUAUUAUGCAACAAUCCAGAAUGAAUCAAUCAAGGAUGCAAUCAAGUUAAGCUAAGGAUGAGAAUCAGUAUAUAAGAUGAUAUUUAGUUAAAAU